AUGAGUCUUGUUUCUGGAGCAAUUCCCUUUCCGGAAAGAACGCAUCCAAUCCCUGCUCGAUCUCCCAUCGGUCUCCGGUCGAUCUCCCUUUGCUCGGUCUCCGGUCGAUCUCCCAUCUCCAUCGGUCGAUCUCCCAUCUCCAUCCGAUCGAUCUCCUCUGCUCGGUCUCUGCUCGGUCUCCGGUCGAUCUCUGCUCGAUCUCCGCUCUCCUCUGGUCGAUCUCCCUCUGCUCGGUCUCCGGUCGAUCUCCCUCCGGUCGGUCUCCGGUCGGUCUCCCUGCUCGGUCUAUCUCCUCUGCUCGGUCUCCCUCUGUUCGAUCUCCCUCUCACAGAACCCAUCCAAUCACAGAACGCAUCUCGGCCUCACUUGCAUCUGAAAUUGAAGCCUCAAUCAAGCAAUUUUCGAAUCAAGCAAGAAAGACUCCUCACAGCUGAAAAUCAGAGGCUAAAUGAGAAGUGUGAGGCUAUGCAACCAAGGCAACCAGUAAGUGAGUAGAGAGAAAACUUAGCCUGCACUGAAAGUAGUCCAAGUUCAGGUGUUGACAUUGAAUUGUUCGUUGGAUUGCCAGAAAGAAGAUCGAAGCACUAGCU